AUGGCCUAUUUGUGUGUUUACGAGUGGUUUCAGUGUAGUUUUGGUGUCACGCACUCGUAUUUCUCGUCAAUGUCGACGACGGUCAAUCUCACAACGUUUCAGUCGUCGACGAUGACGGUGAGCCUGCCGCCGCUGCCCGAGGGGUGGCGGGACGAUGUCGUGUACAUGCUCCACGACUUCCUCGAGGAUGCGGGCCUGGCGCAGACUCUGUGCGCGCUCGAGCAGGAGACGGGGCACCGGGGUCCCGCCGCGGACCGGCUCGGCGACGACCUCGGGUUCCUCCGCCGGCUCUGCCUCACCGGCGACUGGCCCGCCGCCGAGGCUUUCAUCGCGCCCACCGUCAACCACCCGCGGGUCAACCAUCGACGCAUGCUCGGCGCGCUGCGCAGGCAGGCGUUCUUAGAAACGCUCGAUGCCGCCGAUACGUCCGCGAUGUCGUUCAGAGACGACGGCGACGUCUCCCUGGAGGGCGGAGACGUCGCGGACAGGCUCGUCAAGGCGCUGUCGGCGCUCGAACCGUACGUCGAGGACCCGAAGCAAUUCAACGAUCUGUGCUUCCUCUGCACGCUCGGCGCGGUGACGGAGCAUCCGGAGUACGCGGAGUGGACGCCCAGCCGCGGGCGCCUCGCCGCGUUCGACACGUGCGUCGACGAACUCCGCGAGGUCUACGGCUCGAUUCCGGACGGGCGCGAUCACGAGCGCGUGAUGGAGACGGCGAUGCGACACGCGGUCGCACACGCCGCGCAGGUGUCGUCGCUGUCGGGCCGACGGCUGCCCCGGUCGGCGGGACUGCUCGAGCGCCUGGCGAUCGUCGGGGGUUCGACUCCGCGAGGUGGCGGAGACGGCGUCCACAGGUUUUUCGCUCGCGAGCGGCGACGACGCGAGUCGAACGAGAACGCCGCGCCCGUGGACGCGACCUCCGCAUCUGCGAAGCACCCCCGAGGGUGCGAGCUCAGAGGGACGCUCCCCACGUUCGUCUCGCGCAGCCUCGCCGCGGCGUGUCCGAAUCGCGCUUCCAUCGCGGUGACGUCCUUCCCGGCGAUCGAGCGAUUGGAGCGCAUCAAGCGACCGGGGUUGCUCGGCCGUUCGUGGAACCCGGGGGCGACGCCCGGGGGCGGGGGCGGAGCCGGUUCGUCGGAGGGUCUCGGCGCCGCGCCCGAGGAGACGCGGGAGGCGGCGAUCGGGACCGCAAAGGCGGUCGACGCGCGGGAGGACGGAACGGACGAGGAAUUUGCCGACCCGGCGUGGGACGUGACCCCGGAGGAGACUGCGAAAGAGGCGGAAUUCGUCGCCGACGGCUUAGCGUUCGUCGCGGAGGCUGAGGCUGAGGCUGAGGCUGAGGCUGAGGCUUUCGGCGGCGCAGACCCGGAGGACGAGGAUGAAGACGACGACUUUAAAGUCGAGGACGGCAUCGGCGCGUACGCCGCCGUCGAUCCGACGCGGCCGCCGGUGUUUUACCAACCGAAUCGAGAACCCGCGUGUGCCGACGCGGACGCCGGGAUCCGUUGCCUGGCGUGGAACCCGCGAGGGGACUCGGUGUGCGGCGUGAACUGCGUCGACACGAACGUGCACGGUUCGAAUCCGGGCGCCCCGGGCGGAGGAGUUUUCGCGUGCGCCACGAGCGGUCGCACCCUCCACGUCUGCACCGGCGCCGGUAAGACGCUGACGCGAGUGCGGGACGUCCACGGCGCUCACUCCGACUGCUCCAUCUACGCGCUCGCGUGGGGAGGCGACGCGAACAACUCGCUCAUCGCCACGGGCGGCAACGACGGGAGCGUGGGCGUGACUUCGCUGCGGUGGUCCGACGAUUUCGCCGAUUCGUUGCGGCUGGUAACGGCUGGUAACGGCUCGGCGAAGGUGAACCCUCGGGCGCAUCGAGGCGGAGCCGUGCGAGGCGUCGCGUUUCUAAACCCGACGGCCGUCGUCUCCGGCGGUGGCGGGGACUAUUCGCCCAGGGUUUGGGACCUCGGCCAGGACCUCGGCGGCGUCCGUGCGAUGCCCGAGACGUGCACGCGUACGCUGAGGGCGCACGGGAGCGAGAUCGUCGGCGUGUGCGCCGACUGGGGCUCGUUCGCGGGCGUGAGCGGAUCGACGGAAAACUUUGCCGCCACGGCGUCUGCGGAUGGCGAAGUUCGCGUGUGGGACCUUCGGGACGUACGUGCGGGUGCGCCGCCGACGCUGCGUCUGAACGCGCGGGGUGCCGCGGGUGGCGCGCGUCACACGCGUUUGAGCGCGCUGAGCGUUCGCGGCGAGCGGGUCGCGGUCGGGUACACCGACGGCGGCGUCGCCGUGCUCGAUUUGCGAUUCGCGUCGUCGUCGGACAUCUCUGGAAAUGUGUCUAGAAGUUCCUCGUCGUCGUUCGACGCCCACGACGACUCCGCGGCGGCGGUGGUGUGGAGCGACAGGUUCCACGAGGGCGAGUGUCGAAGCGUGGACCUCGACCCGUCCGGUAAGCUCCUGCUCACCGCGGGAUUUGACGGCGUAUGCGUGGUGGUCAACGCGGCGGAUGGCGUCAACGCGAACGUGGCGGAGUACGGCGACGAAGGCGCCGAGGUCGUUCGUGACGGCACCCCCCGCGGGUGCUACUGCGGGCACGUGGAUAAGGUUGUGAGCGCGAGGUGGAGGCCGGGGACGCGCGACGGGGCGGUGGGGUUCGCGUCGUGCGGGGUGGACCGGACGGUGCGGUACUGGCACGCGGCGGCGCGCUGACGACGGGUAUAAUACCUUUAUUUUAAAAAGUCGGUCGGUUCGACGGUACGAUCGUCUAAA